GCUGAGCGGGCGGUCACGUGAGGCGCGGCCGGCAGCAGCGGGCCCGGCGGGGGCCGAGCGCCGCGGGGCGAGGCGAGGGACCAUGUCCACUCGGCGCCUCCGCAGCGAGGACUACAAUGACUACAGCUCCACCGACGUCACGCCGGAGGGCAGCCCGCCCGGGGGCAUCAAUGGUUUUGGCCAUCCUGAGGCCUAUCAGCGCUUUGGGGAGACCAAUGGCACAACAUGGUACCAGACCCUGAUCCACCUCCUGAAAGGGAAUAUUGGCACAGGGCUGCUGGGGCUGCCUCUGGCCGUGAAGAACGCUGGCAUCCUGCUGGGUCCUCUGAGCCUGUUGGUGAUGGGAGUCGUGGCCGUGCACUGCAUGAGCAUCCUGGUGAAGUGUGCCCAUCACUUCUGCAACAGGUUCCAGAAGCAGUUUCUGGACUAUGGGAGUGCUGUGGUGUACGGGUUGGAGGCCACUCCUGUGUCGUGGCUGCGGACGCAUGCCGCCUGGGGCAGGCAUGUGGUGGCACUUUUCCUGAUCGUCACUCAGCUGGGCUUCUGCUGCGUCUACUUCGUCUUUCUGGCUGACAAUCUGAGACAGGUGGUAGCUGCAGCAAACGGGACCAACAACGACUGCAGCCCCAACAGGACAGUGGUCAUGACCCCCACCAUGGACUCUCGGCUGUACAUGCUUUCCCUCCUGCCCUUUGUGGUGCUGCUGAGCUUCAUCCAGAACCUCAAGGUCCUCUCCAUCUUCUCCAUGCUGGCCAAUGUGGCCAUGUUGGUCAGCCUCAUUGUCGUCUACCAGUACAUCGUCAGGGACAUUCCUGAUCCCCGUGACCUCCCUCUAGCAGCAGCCUGGAAGACCUACCCACUGUUUUUUGGCACAGCCAUCUUUGCUUUCGAAGGCAUCGGGGUGGUGCUGCCACUGGAAAACAAGAUGAAGAACCCUCGGCAGUUCCCUGCCAUCCUCUACGUGGGCAUGGCCAUUGUCACCAUCCUGUACAUCACCCUGGGGGUCCUGGGGUACCUGCGCUUCGGGGAGGACAUUCAGGCCAGCAUAACACUCAACCUGCCCAACUGCUGGCUGUACCAAGCUGUUAAGCUGCUCUUCUCCUUUGGGAUCUUCUUCACCUAUGCUGUGCAGUUCUACGUGCCCGCUGAGAUCAUCAUCCCUCCCCUUGUCGCCCGCGUCUCAGAGCGCUGGGGCUGGGUUGUCAACCUGCUCCUCAGGCUGGCCCUGGUCAGCAUCACCUGUGUGCUGGCCAUCCUGAUCCCACGCCUGGACCUCGUCAUCUCGCUGGUGGGCUCCGUCAGCAGCAGUGCCCUGGCUCUCAUCUUCCCCCCGCUGCUGGAGAUCGCCACCUACUACGCAGAGGGGAUGCACCCCCUGCUCAUCGCCAAGGACGUCGCCAUCAGCCUCUUCGGCUUCCUGGGCUUCGUGGUGGGCACCUACGAGGCGCUGGCAGAGCUGAUAGCUCCUGCUGCCACCGUUGUGAACACCACCAUGGUCAUGGUGCAGUGAUGGUCCCACUGCCCUGCCAGCCCCUCUGGAUGCUGGGCUGGGGGCACGAGGAACCCAGGUGCUGCUGACCCCCUGGGAAUGGUCCUUCCUCUCUUGGGAAAUGUGGGUUUGGUCUGUGAGAAGAUGGGGCUGCCACCAUCACGGCUGCCAGUCUGCAGCAGGGUGCUGUACUAGGCUCCAGCUGGGAAGGUGGGGGGUCUGGGCUGGGGCAGUGCCUUCCCUAGGGGGCAUUAGGGGCAGGUGAUAGAGCAGAGCAGCCCCCUUGGCACCUCUGUAGAUAGUCACUUGGAGAAGGGAGGAAUCCUGGGGAUGUAAACUUUGAUUUUACUUGUUUUAAAUCCCAACCUUUUUGUGUUUCCCCUGCCCCUUCAGUCAGGGUGGGGAGCAGGGACUGCUCUUUUUGUGCCAGUUUGUAAUUUUUUUCUCCCCCUCAGCACUUUAUUUUUACAGCAACGGAGAAACCUCAGCUCAGGUUGGAGAGUGUGGAGCUGCCUCCUCACCCCAGCCUUGCGGGGAGUGCUGGCAGAGCCCAAGGUGUGGAGCAUCGUGGGGCCCAGCAGCUCUCCUGUGGUGGGAUCCCCAACCAUGAGCAUUGUCUCCUGCCGUCCUCUGGCUCGGUUUCCAACCACCUGGGGGCUGAGCAGAGUCUGGAGCUAGGCACUUGCAUGGUAUCUCCCUGGCUUGGGGGGGGUUUGCUGAGCCCUGGCCCAGGCUUUUAGUGACACUUCACUUUCCCUUUCCAACGCACACAGCUGACCUGUGGCUUUUGGCAAGCAUUAGAGAGCUGAGGCACUCGGGGAGCAGCUGGCCCCUGCUAUAGCAAGGCUCUGAGCUGCUCUCCUUGGGCUGGCAGCCCUGUCUGCCAGGAUGGGGUGUCCCUGGGGGUUCCUAUGUGCUGCCCACCUGCCACAAACAUGCAUCACCUUGUUUACAGUGCCCGAGCUGGCCCCGGUGCACUCAGUCUGCUUCUGCAGGCCAGUACUGAAUGUCAAACCACACACAAACCCCACAAGGUCUUUAGUUUUGUUUUUGCUUUUCUCUCUUCUGGUCCUGCUCCCUCUGCAUCCUCUGCCUCUGCCCCAGCUUCUCUCCCCUGGUAGAGUGCAGCUCUCAGGCUCUUCUCUCUGUGCUCAUGUUGCUGCUUGCAUUGUGGCUGGUGCAUGCCUGGGGAGGGGUUGGUCCCACUACACUGUUGCUUUCCUUUUUCUCAGUGAGCCCAGCUUCCUUCCCAGAGAGUUUCCCUGCCUUUCUGCUGCAUUUCUUUAUUUUUGAGACAAGGGAGCAAAUGCAUCCUUCAUGGGAUGCCUUUUCCUAGCUGUGUGAAAAGGUCUGGGCUGAGCCAGCACUCUAUGACCCUGUGUCUGGGACAGACCCCUCCCUGCGAACGCAGCCUCUCGCAGAUGCUGGCAGUGUGGUGGCUUCCUUCCUACAGCCUUUGCUGAUACAGCUGUGUCUUUCUGGGCAAAGGCUGCUGCUGGUGGUGGGGAAGGAGUUUGAGCAAAGCACUGGUGGGCUACAUUCCCAUCUGUGGUGGAGGAUGAGUGAGGCUUGGGGUUGUUUGGUGUCUGACCCACCUCUGAGAGAAGACUCUGCAGAGUGGUGUCCAUGCACUGCCUCCUUAGUCUGUUGUGUUUCCUGUGUCCUGCUGUUUAUCCUCUUUGCUGGCUCUGCUUUGGGUGCCCUAUGCCAGUGUGUGGACCCCUGGUCAGGUACAGGAUAGGUCUGUGGUACCUCACUGCUCCUUUCCAGCCCCUCACCUGCUUGCUGCAUUUCUUGGGGCUCACUUGGUCUCCUCUAAGUCUGUGCUGUGCUCUGGCAUCACUUGGUCAUGAGCAUAGCAAAGCUUUAAGUCAAAUCCUCCUUCUGGAGGACAUUGUAGGGAGGCAACCUUUUCACUCUCUACAAGAACCUGAAAGGAGGUUGUAGCAAGGUGGUGUUGGUCUCUUCUCCCUAGUUGUAAGUGAUAGGGCCAGAGGAAAUGGCUUCAAGUUGCACCAGAGGAGGUUUAGGUUGGAUAUUAGAAGACACUUCUUUACUGAAAAGGUUCUCAAACACUCAAAUAAGCUCUUCAGGGAGGUGGUUGAGUCCCCAUCCCUGGAGAUGUUUAAAGGAUACAGAGAUGCAGUGCUGAGUGCCAUGGUUUAGCACCAGCCUUGGAAGAGUUAGAGAAUGGUUGGACUUGAUGAUCUUAAAGAUCUUUUCCCACUGAAACGAUUCUGUGGGUCUGUGACAGAGAGCAAGCACCCAGGGCUGGAAGAAAGCUCCAGGGCAUGCUAUGGGUGGGAGAAGUGCAAUAUUCAUGUCCAUUGCUGUGUACUCACCCUGGCUGGGCCCUGGGAUUGGGUCUGAGUGCAGAAACCUCAUGCUUGGCAGAGGAGGGCAUGCUGCGAAGAGCAGGGGACAUCUGAGGCUUGCCCUCAGCUCUGUGGGUUCUGGCUGGCCACGUUCUGGGGGACAGCUGUGUGCCAGGGCACGGCCCCAACCCAGCACUGGGCAGCUUCGGGUUCGCUGCUGGGGCUCUUAGCAUCCCAACUCACUUUGCAGUCAGUGGUGAAGACCUCAUUGCACAGAGAGAGACUGGGAUGUCACGGCAGCAUGCAGUGGUUCCUGCAGUUCACCUCUUUUGUUAGGGUGAGCAGGGGGUGUCUGGAGGUGGGGCCAGAGGUGCCGCUGGGGCAGGCAAGCAGGAAGGGCUCUGUCGAGGACCUGACCUAGGAGGUGAUGGGUGUGGGAACUUGACACUUGUGUAUCAUAGGCUGCUGUGUGACCCAGGAAAUUGUCCAUGUAAAUAGAGGAAUGAUUUUAACGUUCAUGUCUUGUGCCUAUGGCUAUCGUCAGCGAACGGCGCGUGGGAAGAGCUGGCGCUGGCCCUCAGUCAUGGAUCUUACUGUAAUCAAUAAACAGCAUCUAUUUUUUACCUGAAAA